AUGAAAGAUAAAACCAUUCAACUAGCAAUCGUUUUGCUCACCGUGCUUGGCGGCCUCUUCAUUCAAUCGCUCUUCACCACUGCUCAACAUUGCAACAAUCGAUACAAAAUUGAGAAUGCCUUCUUCGAGAAUUCAAAGCAUGCUGUCGAGAAGUACGAUGGAAUAAGACGACGAAGUUUACUCAAACCUUUGAAACUAUCAACCAAUACCUAUGACGAUGAUGUGCUUUCGGCGGGCAAUAGCAUAAUCCCAACAAAGGAGAACGCUACGCUUCUGAUGCUGGUGAGAAAUUUCGAAUUGUCAGGGGCUUUGAAAUCCAUGAGGUCCCUCGAAGACAGAUUCAACAGGGAUUACCAUUACGACUGGGUUUUCCUGAAUGAUCUUCCUUUUACGCAAGAGUUCAUGGAGGCAACAACGGCAAUGGCCAGUGGUAAUACGCACUAUGCCCUUAUUCCUUCGGAAGAUUGGGAUCGUCCGAAUUGGAUAGAUGAGCAGCUAUUCGAGGACAGAUUAGAACUGCUGAGGGACAGAGGAGUGCUCUAUGGAGGCUCUAAAUCGUAUCGCAACAUGUGUCGAUUUAACUCCGGUUACUUCUUCAGACAAAAGAUCUUGGACUCGUACGAUUAUUACUUCCGAGUAGAGCCAGACGUUGAAUAUUUUUGCGAUUUCCCCUACGAUCCAUUUAAACUCAUGAGACAUAACAAGAAGAAAUAUGGGUUCGUUAUUAGCCUCUAUGAAUACGAAGAUACUAUCACUACCUUGUGGGACACUGUUGAGGAGUAUUUAGACACCUUUCCAGAUGACGUUGCAAUGGUGAACAAUUCCUAUAACUUCAUAACCGAUAGUGGUAUCAUUGGGAAGUUUUCACCGAUUAUUGACUCUAAUACCGACUACAACCUUUGCCAUUUUUGGUCAAAUUUCGAGAUCGGAGAUCUCAACUUCUUUCGAAGUGACCGCUACAAACGGUUUUUUGAUUUCCUCGACUCCAAAGGAGGCUUUCACUAUGAGAGAUGGGGUGAUGCACCUGUUCAUAGCAUUGCUGUCUCGUUACUGCUCAACCGGGAUGAAAUUAUACAUUUUGAUGAGUUAGGAUAUUUCCACGCGCCAUUCAGUACGUGCCCCACAAGCUAUUAUUUAAGGUUACAACAGAGAUGCCAAUGCGAUGCUCAGGCGGCAAGCAACAUAGAUAUUUCGCCCAACAGCUGCCUCAUGAGAUGGUGGAAAAACGGGGAUGGCAAACGUUUCUUGAAGGACAAUCAAACAAAUUGA